CGGGGGAUUCGAGUUCGAGGAGGAAUAUAGGUGGAUAUAGGUUAUGUACGUUCCAGGCAGGUCCUAGUCUUUUCCAGUUUACCGAUAAAAAUUGUAUUCUCCGUCCAAGAGAGACGCGAGACAAUGUGAUGGUGAAUCCACGGUGUCGUUACGACUCGCAGGAUGGUUUGCCCCGUCCGCGCCCGGUAACCGCCCGGUAAACAUCCGUUUUCCGGCUGACCGGAGGAGAGGUUAGCUCUCCGUUCCGUCCAGCCGAUCGGGACCGAAAAUGGCUGUGGAGUUUUUAAUAAAUCGGCUCAAGGCCCUGCUCGUGCUAAUUGUUGGAGCAUUUAAGCGUGCGAUGUGCUGCCUCCGACGUCGAAGGCGAUCGUCCUGCGACUCCGUGCCUUUGUCCACGGUUGGCGUGGUGCCGAACGUUUUAACUAGCUCGACGGAAUUGGAGCAAUGGGACAAGUGGGAAGAAAAUCCAGUUGUCGUUAUACCAGACAAACCAGUUAAUACUGUACAAGCAAAGAUAGAGCAGUAUCGACAACAAGUUAUUAAGCCUCCUGAAUCACCCACUGAGGAACAGCUUAACUUUUUUGAGGAUAUGACUCCAAGAAUCACUAGGCAGGCGAAAAUUCUAAUAAAGGACAAGCAUGCGGAUGGCUCGUCACAUAACGCUGCAAAAUUUACGGCCAUGGAUCCCAUUCCGACUAAUGAAUUAACAGAAUGGGAAGAAAACGCCGCCGGUUGGGAAGUAGACGCCAUGGACGACUUCAAUGACCCUACCAAAGUGUUGCGAGAGCAGAGGAGAAGAGAACGGGAGCAACGAUUAAUGGAGCAACAGCAGAAAAGACUGGAACGUAGUACGAAACCCUUGCAACCUUUGGGUGCAAAACUCUGUUCCUGAUGCGAGACCACAAGCAUGUGGCGAUUAAUAUCAAAAUACACAAUAAUGUACAACUUAACGAGAUACGUGCCGAAUAUUUUUAAUAUAGAAAUUGGCAUGUUAACUCUAUUAUUCGACAACUUUCAUCUGUCACGUGUCAAUUUUACUACUUUCUCGCUUUUUUAUGACUUAUGUUCGUUAAGAGUCUAAAAAUAUAUAAAAAUUUCUCCAGACCUUGCAUUUUCAAGAAACUGAUUUAAUAUUUUUAUUCUAUAUUUUAUAAAUUGUAUAAAUGUUUUUAAUCUUCCGAAAGGGCACUAGGGAGUUUAUCGUGAGAGAAAAUGCAAUACAUUUACUUUACAGUGAUAAAGUUACAUUAAUGCAUUAUAUUUCUAUUAUCUUAACUUAAAAGAUUGAUAUGUUUUGUUAUGCCGUCUUAUUGGAGCGUAUAAAUGUGCUCGCGGACAUUUCUCAGUAUUUAAAUGUUCACACGUCGAUUUAUCUAUAUUUUGUAAAUGUAAAACGAAAGAACAUGUAUAAAUUACAACGUCGAUAUGACGAUCUAUUCUAAAAAAUAGUAGUAUUUGUAAACAUUCCAUGAAUUUUGUACAGUCAUGAGUGUGAUGUGUCUGAGCUUCUACGUAAGUGGAAUAGUCGUUUUGUAAGUUUAUAAUAAGUCGAUAUACUUUAAUCAACUGAAAAAUGUGCCGUUUUACAAUUUUUUUUGUGAUAUUUGUGAAAUCUGUAAACUUCGCGAAUCUUAUUGAAAGCAAAAUCUUGGAGACUGGGAAAUGAGAGACAUUGAUACGACGCUUCGAUUUGUUACAUUCUUUCCUUUUUGUUAUUCAUUUGUUACACGAAUGCCGAAAAAACGAUAUGGAGCAUGAAUUUUAAAGUGUUUCGUAAUAAAAAAAAGAAUUUGUUAACGUUUGAA